GGCAGGGCUGCGGGGCUGCGCUCCGCCGCCACCGCCGCCCGGGAGAGCCAGGGGGCGGGGUUGCUGCUGCUGCUCUUGCCGGCUGCCGAGCCUACUCUGUCUGGGGUGAGUGAGUGCCGGUCGGAUCUGUGAGUGUGAGUGAGUGUGUCGUGUGUGUGUGCGCGCGUGUGCAGGGGGUGGGGAGGGUUCGUGUGCUUGCAGUCGUCUCCGCUUGGGGAGGAGAGGCGGCCGGCGGAGAGAGGGUGAAUGGAUCCGCGUGUGGCCUGGAUUCAGCCGGAGCAGAAAGGACCCGCUAAUGCUCUCUGGAUGCAGAUCUGGGAGACCUCGCAGGGAGUGGGGCGGAGCAGCUCUAGCUACCCGCCGUAUUUCUGCCUCAACUCCCCGGCCCUGGACACCACCGCUGCCGCUUCCUCUCCCUGCACCCCUGGCGGCGGGAGCCACAGCUGCACCCCACUUGUCAAAGCUGGCCCUGCCGCGGCUCUUCAGACUUCGACCCCCGGUGGUGGCGGCGGCGGCGGUAGCGGCAGCCUCUCCUCCGCCUCCUCGCCUCCGCCGCCCGCGGCGCUGCCAGUGCUGCUGACAGGACUAGUACCUGCCACCGCUGCUGGGAGCACCGAAGGUGGGCGGCGGCUGCAGAAGUCUCCCUCCGUGUCCUCUUCGUCUUCCACCUCUUCCAACAACGAAUCUGGCACCGAAAGCCCCGGUUUUUCCUCCUCUUCCUCCUCCUCGUCCUCAAGCAGCGCCUCUUCCGGCCGGACUCUGUCCGGGGGCGGCGGUGGGACCUUACCUGGUCGGGGAGGCGGUGGAGGCCCGGGCGCCUUUUUUAACUUCAAUGAGAACAAAUUGAACAAUCUCAACAGCGUGAAUGGCCAUCACCACCACCAUAAUCCGCACAGUGGAGCCAACGGCAACCUCCUGGCGCCGCCGCCUCCUCCGCCCCCGCCGCAGCCCCAGCAGCAGCAGCAGCCGCAGCAGCAGCCGCAGCAGCAGCAGUCCCAGCCCCCGCCCCCGCCGUCUUCUGCCCCCGCCUCAUCUAACUCCAUCCAACAGCACCAGUAUCAUCCGGGCCGCAGGAAACGGGAGAAUAAAGCUAGCACUUAUGGGAUGAACUACCUGCUGUCCGGGAGCCGAGGGGCCGCGCUGAACAAUAACCAUCUUCCCCAGGAGCAGCAGCAGAGACCCGGCACCCCCUGGAAGACCAGGACUUACAGCCCGGGCAUCCAAGGGCUACAUGAGGAAAUAAUUGACUUUUAUAAUUUCAUGUCCCCUUGUCCUGAAGAAGCAGCUAUGCGAAGAGAAGUAGUUAAAAGAAUAGAAACUGUCAUAAAAGAUCUUUGGCCUACGGCUGAUGUUCAGAUAUUUGGCAGCUUUAGUACAGGGCUUUAUCUUCCAACUAGUGACAUAGACUUAGUAGUUUUUGGAAAAUGGGAACGUCCACCUUUACAGCUGUUGGAACAAGCACUACGGAAACACAAUGUGGCUGAGCCAUGUUCCAUUAAAGUACUUGACAAAGCUACAGUACCAAUAAUAAAACUCACUGACCAGGAGACAGAAGUAAAAGUUGACAUCAGUUUUAAUAUGGAAACUGGUGUGAAGGCAGCUCGGUUGAUCAAGGAUUAUAUGAAGAAAUAUUCAUUGCUGCCUUACUUGAUUUUAGUAUUAAAACAGUUCCUCUUGCAGAGGGACCUGAAUGAAGUUUUUACAGGUGGAAUUAGCUCUUAUAGCCUAAUUUUAAUGGCCAUUAGCUUUCUACAGUUGCAUCCCAGAAUUGAUGCCAGAAGAGCUGAUGAAAACCUUGGAAUGCUUCUAGUAGAAUUUUUUGAACUGUAUGGAAGAAAUUUUAAUUACUUGAAGACUGGUAUUAGAAUAAAAAAUGGAGGUGCCUAUAUCGCCAAAGAAGAAAUCAUGAAAGCCAUGACCAAUGGAUAUAGACCAUCCAUGUUGUGCAUUGAAGAUCCUCUACUGCCUGGGAAUGAUGUUGGCAGAAGUUCAUAUGGUGCCAUGCAAGUGAAGCAAGUUUUUGACUAUGCCUACAUUGUUCUUAGCCAUGCAGUGUCACCAUUAGCAAGAUCAUACCCAAACAGAGAUUCUGAAAGUACACUAGGUAGAAUCAUCAAAGUAACACAGGAAGUGAUUGACUAUAGAGGAUGGAUCAAAGAAAAAUGGGGAAACAAAAUUAAUCUAUCACCUGAACUUGAUAAUAGAAUAAAGAUAAAAGAGCAGAUAACUCCAUGUAAUGGGGAUCAGCCUCAAAGCAGAGACACAGAAUCACCCUUUAGCCAGCGUUUGACUUUGCCUUUGUCUAGCACUCAACCUCUUUCCUCUGGUUCAUCUGCUUCUUCUGUAUCUUCACUUUCUGGAAGUGAUAUUGAUUCUGAUACACCACCUUGCACAACUCCUAAUGUUUACCAAUUUAGUCUGCAAGCACCAUCUCAGCUUAUGGCCAGUUUACCUACAGCAUUGCCAAUGCCAAGUGGUAAACCUCAGUCAGCUCCUACUAGAACGCUAAUAAUGACAACCAAUAACCAGACUAGGUUUACUAUACCUCCACCUACCUUAGGUGUGCCCCCACUUCCUUGCAGACAAGUUGGUAUUGAAGGGACACCAUCUUUGAAAACUGUUCAUCACAUGUCAUCUCCUGCUGUUCCUUCUACAUCUCCCAACCCACUCUCAAGCCCCCAUUUGUAUCAUAAGCAGCACAAUGGCAUGAAAUUUUCCAUGAAAGGAACUCAUAAUCAUAACCAAGGCAAUGGUUACAAUCCUGUUGGCAGCAGUGGCAUGCGGCAGCCUGUGGGCAACAGAGGACACCAUCAAUAUAACCGUACUGGCUGGAGAAGGAAAAAACACACACACACAAGAGACAGUUUGCCUCUUAGUCUCAGCAGAUAAUGGCUCAUGUCAAAAUUAUCUACCCCCAAUUUUACAAACUGAAGCUGAGUGACAUUGGACACUAAACUGGGGAACUGAGACCAGCAUUCAGCACAUCAGCGCCCGGGUAUUGUGAAAUAUCUGCAGCUGAUUAUUUUGCAUGUUUCUUUGUGUGGUGGUUAAGUCCAUCUUAAAGAAAAAGUAGUUGUGCUCAUCUGUGAAGCCUUAUUAAAUGUGGAAGUUGUUUUCUGCCUUCCCAGGAUUAUUCAUUGAGUGCCGAAGCAGCUCUUCAUAAAGAACUGCAAGGACAUUAAAUGCUUUGGCAUUUUUGCUGUAGCUGCAUUUGUUCCUUAGCAGUUUGGGUUUCUUAUUUUUAUUUCUGUCAAAGAAGUAGAGGAGAGUUAAACCCCUGAUGUUUUUUUCCCCCAGCAGACACAGUUGGGAGUUUGUAACAGUUUUACUGCCCUCAUGUUUUUUUUCAAAUUUCAGAACUUUUUUGCUCUGUAAAUAUUGAAAACUUAUAAUUUGUGCAAUAACUCAGAAUUUUUUAAUUUAAUUUCAUAUUUUCACAUAAGUUAUAUUUAAGGGAGGAGGGAAUUUUUUUUUUAAAUCUUAUAUCCUUUCCCAAGUUGCAUUUUCUAAGUUGGGUUUAAUAGUUUUGGCAGGUUGAAUGUCAUUAGAACACCACACUGAGGGUUUUUGUUUUUAGCCUUUUUUUGUUUUGUUUUGUUUUGUUUUGUUUUGUUUUGUUUUGUUUUGUUUUGUUUUGUUUUGUUUUGUUUUCCUUGGUUAAAUGUGAGGCUUCUUGAUUCAUAGUGAAUGGGCAGAGUUAGAUUACGGUUUUAUGAAGGAAUUAAGCUCCAAACUAUUUUGACCCUGCCUCAUUAGCUCAUUAGUCUGGCCUCUUGUCAGUUGUCUUGCUCUGACCAGUGAGUUUUAAUUGUUGUGUUGUUUUUUUUUUUCUUUUUAACUAGACAACAAAUCCAGCAAUUAAAGUGCCAGAAGUAUAACUUUCUAAGGGUGAGAAAAGGGUUGUCACAAUAUAAAAUCCAAAAAAAUUUUUAAAAAAAAUUUGUGAAUUUUGAAUUGCUCCAGUCAGUUUUAGUAAUGAAACAGAACCUAUAAUAACUUGGGGGAUCUGCUGAACAUCAUUACUAAAAAAGGUUUGCCCAGUUUUAGGAAUGUGGAGAAAGGAAUUAUGUUGAUUCCAUUAUGGAAUCUGUAUAGCAGUAUGCAUUAGUUCUGUUAAGAGCAAAUAUAUGAAAAGUACUUCAUCUGCUCAGUGCACUCUAGGAAGUAUCUUUUAAUGUAUUGCAGGAGAGCACAGCCAAGGGUUGCACAUGUCUGAGUGACUGGCACUUAAUUUACAGAUGCAUACAGGUAUACUAUGCAAGUGUAUUCUGCCAUGACAACCACUGUCUUUGUUACCUUUUUUUGAACAAGAAUAUAUCCAUCCUGCCUAACCCUGAGUUUUAGAAGCACCACAGUUGUCCUGGGAGUUGGUUGCAUCUCAUAUGCCAUCUGACUUCCUGUUUUUAAAAUGAGGGGUUGUAGCCCUGCUAAACACUACAGGUGGGUUGUUUUUUGAAGUCCACUAGUGGAGAAUGUUGAGAGGAAAACUUAUUACCAUGACAUCUAAAUGAUGUAGAGAAGUGGGAAGUUUUAGAAUUGAUAUCUGAAUGUUAAAAUAGGCAUCUAGCAUGAUAAAGCUUUAAAAUGUCUGUGGUAUGCCUUUUGAAGCAGGACUAGCCCACAUUGUCAUUGGAAUCUAUAAACUGCAACUGCAGAUUUUUUAGAAGGAGGGCAUUCCAGAAUAGAGUAGCACAUUUUUCUGCAGUUCUUGAUGAUUGAAACUUAUCAAAAAUAUUUAAAAAUAUUUAAAUUGUGAACCUAUUCAUAAACAGAUAUUUAUAAAGACUGAUACAUAGGCCUAUACUACUAAUCUUUACACAUUAGCAAUAUUGAGUAUAAACCUACAUUAAGGAAACCACUACACAGACUUUAGUUGGUAUCUUAUGUAGUGUGCAUUUUAAAGCUAGAUUCAUAGAACACAGGUAUCAUGUUCCAUUUCAGUCAUGGUGAACCAAAUGAAUUGGCCUGGCUACCACUGUGGUUAUGUGCUACAGGUUUAAAAAAAAGAUAUCAUGUUUAGAUUUUUUUUUUUUGUGUGUGGACAACAAUGUGGAAGCUAAAAUUGACAUAUUUUUAUGUAAAGUUUUUCUAUUCUUUGAUUUUUAAUAAACUUUGGAAACCA